AUGAGCAUUAUUGGGAAAUGUCACCGUCAAUUACGGACGUAUCUUUCGCGCGACGACGCUUCCCCCGAGAUCGCCUUGAUAUGUAGUCUCAUCUUUUACACUUUCGAGUCCCUGUUGGGUGAUUCACAAAAGGCAAUAUGGCAUCUCGAUCGUGGUCUGACCCUGUUGAAACAAUCUCAGACCGACCGCAAAUUUGAGGUCGGUGAUGAUGGCUCGUCAACAAUGAUGGAAAGUUUGACAACCAUGUUCAACAACCUGGACAUACAAGCUAGCGCCUUUGACGACCGCCGAGACUUGAUGGUCAAUCUUGUCAGUGAUUCCGAGGUUCAAGGGAAAGUUGACCUCGUCCCGGAUGAGUUUCAGGACGUCGCACACGCAGAAAGAAUCCUGACCAAACUCCAGAACUGGACUUUACAUCACGUCAUCACACACGUCCAACACAAGGGCAAGUCAUCGGAUGAAAUGCCCUUGGAGGUCCUCCGCGAGAGGAUUGUUCUCGGCCUGCAAUUCGAGCGAUACGCUACGGCAUUAGCAGACCUUGUCGCUUCCAAAGAGGUGGGUGAGGAUAUUGUCAUGUCAUCAUCCUCAUCCAAGGCAGAUGACAUUCAAUCCAAGACGGAGACCUUGCUUCUCUGCAAGGUUCAUUUCCACUGUUACCGUUAUCUCCUCAGAGAGAACCUUCCUGUCGCUCUCCCGGCCGAAGACACCGUCUCUUUUUCACAAUCACAGCCAUCUCCGUCACCGUCACCAUCAUCACCUUCUUCCCUUCCCGACAUGACUUCAAGUGAAGAUCUAGACAUGGCAUUAGAGUCGUUCAAAUCACUUCUUUCGGUUUCGACAGCAUCAUCCACGACCGGUCAAGGGCCCGGCAGUAGAUCCAGCGACGGCCCGGGGGAAAGAAUAUACACCCUCUCAACCCAUCUUAUUGGCACCCUCUACUUCCUCAGCCUCAAAGCGACGAACCCCAAAACCCUUUCUAUGGCUCUGGACUUGUUCUCACACCCUCGCAUCCGAGACACCCGUGACGGCCUCUGGGAUUCUCACACCGCCUGGUUCGUCGUUCGGAAUCUGUUGAAACUUCGCGACAACGGCGGCGCCGCCGCGAAGACGAAGGCGAAGAACGUCGCGUUCGUUCAACCCCGAGAAUCCACCGACCGCGAAGUCCUCCGGGACAUGAUGAAGUUUCAGGACAUGAGUGCAGCUAAAAGGGUACCGAUGAUGCAAUCGAGGACCGUAACAGUUGGACUCAAAGACCACAAUCCAAACCCGAAUAAUGACACUGUUUUACUCUUGCCACCUUAUUUUCCUGUCGUCGCGACCGCCACCGAUCGCACGAGUAAUAAUACUACCAGCACCAAUUCUAAUUCCACAUCAUCUCAUCAAUCGACAACAACAACUACCACUACUACUCCUCCAACAUCAACUUCGUUUCAAUCAUCAACCACCAUUUCACCUUUGACCGACAACAACGACAACAACGACAGAAACUCUCUACUCGUUUUGGACACGUUCCGUCAAACUUGGCCACCUGUUUCGAACUGCCCAUCUCGUCCUCAGACUGUACGAUCCUCACUUGGACACUCGACAUCGACGGCUAUUUCUUUUCACACCCCUUCACCUUUUUCUACUUGUCAUGACGACGACCACGACCGACCAUUCCUCCCUAACGACACCAUACCUCGACGUCACCCCAACGUACAAUCUCGUUCCGAGUACGACAACGAAUACGUCUACGGACCUCCCCAACCAACCUCCCACGCGGCCCGUCUCGAAAAUGUCGGUUUCGGUAUAAUCGACGCCGAAGGCGGCCUCAACGAGGCGGCCCGGAAAGUUUGGAGUCGAGUACGGGAACUCGACCUCAGCCUUACGAUCUGA